AUGAUAUCCAUCGAGAGGUCACCCACGAGCCCGCCUCUCCUGUUUGUUGUCUAUUUCGUUUUGCCUCGCGGGAAGUUCGAAUCGGGAACUGCCAAGCGAAAUUCGCAAGAACCUCAAAUCCUGAUCCGUUUCAAAUACACUCCUCGCCAAAUCCCAUCGCAAUACACGGAACCCGGGAGUAAGAGUGAUAUACUCAUUUAUGGUUCCUCCACCGACCCCACUGGACUGUUUACGCCCACUGCAUGUGGGAUAAUUAGAGUUUUGAUCGGUUUUCUGCCCAAAGGAGGCCGACUGGUGGAGGCCGAAUUUGCUGAUGUAGAUGUGUUGGGACUUGCGCCUGAGGUCGCCUGCGCCCGCCUGCGCCAAUGCAACCGCCAACAACACGGCCAAUUUUGCGGUCACCGAUAA